AUGACCUGCAGGUCUCUCUAAAACAAACUUAAUAUUUCGUGGACAUGAUUUUGAUGUUACAAACUAGGAUAUGAUGUUUCUUGGUUUGUUAUCUCUUUGUUUCUUGUGAGCUUUUACCGUCUUUCCACCGGAUGGAUGGUUGAAGGCCCGAAAUUGUUUGGUCAUCCUACGCUCGCCAGCUUCAGCACAGACGCCCUUGUUGGCCAACUGUGUGCACUGACACGUUACGCUUUGCUUUGCUAAAGUGUGAACAUCAUUUUCCUUGUGCACCAAAACUCUUCUUUAAACUCCUUCUAAGGUGCUAAUUCCAGUUAGGGAAUCUGAUUGUAAUUUGCACUAGUAUAUCACGAUUCCUAACUCUAUCGCAUUCGUAGCACCAGAUCUAGCUAAUAUUUAUACUUUUUUUUUAAACAUUCUUCCUCAUGCUGCUAUGUUAAAGUAUUGUGUUAGUUUAGACCACCAAAUAGCACCCAGUUUCUAGUAAUUUGUGACGAAGUUACCGACACACUAUCAACUUCAAAUGGAGUACUAACAGAGACUUUUGUUUUUUUUUCGCAUUCACUUUUAGGAUAGUGCUUUCUCAGAUUCUGUGCUGUUCAUCUAAAACUCGGACCCUCGGGGCGACAUGGUAUUUUAUCAAAAUGAUUCUUAUUAAAGAAAAGUCGGUAGCAUGUUCUUUCUUGUUAGACUAAUAAAAGACGGAGAUCGACUUGCACUAAACAUGGAACUACAGGACAGGCACACUUUGGAAUUAUCAGAUUAUUGUUGUUGUUGUGCUUCUCACAAACUCUUUGAAAUGCCCUUGGAACUUUGGCAGUGACUGGUAAAUGGCUGUCUGUUUGCUUGGCUUCUUCUUUUAUAAUUCAUUGUUUUUUUUUUGUAUAAUCAUAAACUCUAACCGUAUUAAAUUACUUCAGUUUAAAUUGAGUUGUGAUCAUAUUCCGUAUAAAACUAGCUAUCGACAUUUUUUUGUCUCCAUGUCUCUUCUUCUUUUGUCAAUGAUAGCAAAGGGGUGGAAGCAUUAUUAUCAUUAUUUUUAUUCUUUUGAGAAAUGUAAAGAAGCAGAAAAGUGAUAGUCUAUGGUUUACGUAAAUAUCAUGAACAAAUUAUUCAGUAAUCAUGUGACUCAUCAAACGAGUAAGUUCCAAAAUGCAGCUGCUGCAUGAGAAAAAAAAGGAUCAUCAUCAUCAUCAUCACAGUCAAGAGGUAUGGCUUGUCUACCAAGUUCCAAAAUCUAAGAUAUUCGUCAUCCUAAUCCUUGCGUCAACAGGGUUUGGUGUUGACAACCGUGGUCAACCUUCAGCCCCAAAUUCCAGACAUCAUUCUCCUUGCCUUCCGCGACACUGCAAUAAUGAUCAUUACCGCCGUAACUAUGGCGACCAAGUGGGUGUCGAUGGCAUGCUUAAGAGCUAAUUGUCAAUGGCUGGGGAGCCAUGGGUGGACUUUAAUCGAUGGCAAUCAUACUGUUCAUAGAUUAAUCCUCGGGUUUCGACAUCGAGACACGCUGUGACCAAGUCAACUUCUUCUGUAUGGUUGGAGAUUUGCCAUGGUCUUGCUUCGAGAUUUCUUCUUAAUGUAGUGACGGUCAAAGAGGUUGUGGGACGAGCUCCACCAGUCUGCCAAGUUUCAUACGUAACAUGAUGUUCAUCAAACACUCAGUAUUCGUGUGUCUCGAUCAAAGCCUAUUUAUCAUGUCAACUCCGUCGCAGGAAAACCUGCUUGACACCUGCCUUUGAUAUCCUUCGUCGAUCUCAGUUUCUACUGUCACUCAUCAGACGCUGCAUGUCAAGUCCAUUGCUAUCAGACUGCGCCACCGUAAGAAACUGCCGGGAAGUAGGCAAUGAAUUAUAAUAUAUCUUAUGCCUAUAAAAGCUUUUUAUUACCUCAUGGAAACACCGCGUCUCUCCUUGUGAUCUGUACCCUCUAUAAAGCCUUGCCUUUGUCUUCCGAGGAACCAUCAUAACAUAUAGGUUAGCAUGGAAGAAGGCGAUUGCAAUACUAGCCUUUCCCUCGCGAUAGGUGGUGGCAGACAGUUCACGCCAAGCACAAGUCUUCAUGUCCUAUUCCCGCAUCAUCCGAAAGAAGAAGAAGAAGAAGAAGAUACGCACCGACAUGUAGGCAGCGUAUCGAGAUGGAAGGAGCUCGAUGAGGAGGAGGAGGAUGGUGUCAGCGGUAAGGAUGACAGCAGCAACCUGAGCGACGACAAACCAGUCGGCACAAGAAAGAAGCUGAAGCUCACGAUCGAACAAGUGAGGUUGCUCGAAGAUAGCUUCAGACAGCGCAGCACCCUUAAUACGAUGCAGAAGCAAGAUUUGGCGCACCGGCUAAAUAUACGGCCACGACAAGUGGAAGUCUGGUUCCAGAAUAGAAGAGCCAGGACGAAGUUAAAGCGGAUCGAGCUGGAUUACGAGUGCCUCAGGAUGCACUGCGACAGACUGAUUGACGAGAACCGGAGGCUAAAGAAGGAGCUGCAGGAGCUGCGGUCUGCGACUCCGGCGUCGCCGUUCUACGUGCAACUUCUCGAGGCAGCAACGCUGAUCAUGUGCCCCGCCUGCGAGAGGAUCGCGGCCGCCGGAAAGAGAAAGAGCAGUGCCUUGGAGGACGGCAUGAAGAGGCCGCCGCAGCUGGUGCCUGUAAAUACUGCCCUACUCCGUCUGCAAAACUAGCUUAUUGUCGUGUGAAUUAGAAGAUGGAUGUCGAAGUAGGGUUGCAUCAGAAAGCAAAAUCCAUGUACUUUGGAAUUCAUCUGUUUGAUCCAACUUUUGUACACAUAUUUUGUUCCCAGUCGAUUGGGAAUUUAGAUUU